AUGACCGCCGUACAAAAGCACCAGUCACGACAGCAAGCAGUUUCUUUGUGUCUCGAAUCGACUGCAUACCGAAAAAGUCCGUCAACUUCCUCCUCUCUAUCCCACUAUCACGAACAUUCGAAUUCCAAAUUCCAUCCAACAUCAAGUGCCGUUCUGGGAUCUCAACCGAGUGGCUACAGCCAGGAACGAGUCCCACGAGCAUUCCUUUCUUCUAAAAACGAGGCUAUGAGUGCCCCUCUGACGGGAAACAACCAACUUCCAGCUAUUCAGCCAAAUACUGGUUUUAUGAGGCACUCAAAUCACCGGCAGACUGUUACCACUUCGCACGGCGCCACAUUCUCUGGGGUGGGCAGACGAACUCCGCCUGCACCUCUUGAGGGCAGGCAUCGUCAUGGGUCAACUAGUUCUGGGGAUCCAAGUCUGCAGUAUCUGGCAGUAGAUGCUCUACAAGCCGUACGGCCGCCUCGAGAGCGGAAUAUGUCAUUACCGCAGCUCACCAACGACAUUUCCAUCUCUACGCGCAAGCUAUCCUUGAGGGACGACCACUUGCCAAGCUUGUCCACUCUCUCGCGAGGCGCUUCCGCCGUAAAGUUUAGCAUCAAGUCCGAAACUCGGUCGCCUCCGCCCCUACUCACGCCUGCGAGCGGAGAGUUACCUCCCUUGCAAAUGGAUUCAGCUAGGCCGGAGAAACUAGGCCAAAGCUUGCCGUCUAUCCGGUCAACGUUUGGCGACAUCAACAGAAUCCCGCCUAUCGAGAAGGAUACUCCUAUAUCACCUCAUCAAAUUCCGAAAUGCCCGGCCUCACCACCAGGUGCCACCCCCCGACUCCCUCCAAUAUCAGCAACUCACACCUCGCCGCCCAUUUCACCCAACGACACAUACCACAGAAAUCUGCCGUCGCCACACUCCAUCACAUCGUCGGGCGGAUCGUAUGGGUAUCCGCCUGCAUCCUUACACCGUAGCUCCAGCUAUGAUAUCUCUCGAGCGGGCUCUGAUGCAGACACGGCCCAUUCUCCCUCGACACAGUCGCACAUGAGCAUUGACGGCAUUGCAAGCGGCCCGAUUGGCUGCUAUGUCUGCACUUUUGAUGGUUGCGGUGCACAUCCAUUUCAGACACAAUAUUUACUAAAUUCGCAUGCCAACGUGCACUCUUCUGCUCGACCGCAUUACUGUCCGGUCCAGGGCUGCCCGAGAAGUGAAGGCGGAAAGGGGUUCAAGCGCAAAAAUGAAAUGAUUCGGCACGGUCUAGUGCAUGAUUCUCCAGGAUACGUUUGCCCAUUUUGUCCCGAUCGCGAGCAUAAAUAUCCGCGUCCAGAUAACCUGCAACGGUAUGUCUACUCUCGUUUCCAUCUCCUACUAUAG